CGAAUGACUUUUCGAAUAGGACAAAUACUUAUCCGUCACAUUCGACAGUACACGUGCACGACGUGCACGACUCUGUAACAGAGUGGCAUAUGUAUAUACAAACAUGGCCGCGGUUGGAACAGGGAAGAAGAGAAAAUUCAUUGUUUCGGGCAGAAAUGAAUAUGUCCCAGACGCAUCAGAGGAGCUGGUCGACACGAGACACGCAUAUCAGGAUGAAUACUUUCUCACAUCAAUUACAAAUGAUGAUGACAGCUCUGAUGAAGAUGACGAGGAAUUAGAUGAGUCUGGUAAAAAUGAUGAUGAUGGUGAUGAUGAAGUAGUCUUUGAAGAUGAUGAUGGUGAAGAAUCAGGAUCUGAAGACAGUGGUGCAUCAUCCCUGGGAGAUGAAAUUACAGGUGAUGCAGAUUAUGAUUCUGGCAGUGACUACAGUGAAUAUGGAAGUGAAGAGACUGAGCAUGAAGAAGAGGGGGAGGUGGAGGAGGAGGAAGAAGAAGAAGAAGAAGCAGAAGAAAGGAAAAAUGAUGAAAGUUCGAAGGGGAUUAAGGUAUCAGAUAAGAGUGAGGAAAAAGAGUCUGCUCAAUCCAAACCAUUAUUCAAACUGAAACAGACUACAUCCUCAAAAAUAAACAAAUCCAGUACAAAGCUUUCAAGCACAAUAUUAAGAAAUGGUAAUAAGAAGAAUGUCAUGAAUGAGCUGGCACAGGCAGAUGAGAACAGGACAAUUCAGCAAGCAGAUGAUGAAUAUAAGAGCGAUACAUCAGAUGAAGAGGACAUUCGCAAUACAGUAGGUAACAUUCCUAUGAAUUGGUAUGAUGACUAUAAACAUUUAGGAUAUGACUGGGAUGGCAAGAAAGUUAUGAAACCUCUUAAGGAAGAUGAACUUGACAGUUUCCUGAAAAGAAUGGAGGAUCCCAAUUUCUGGCGCACUGUGAGAGACCCCCAGACUGGUCAAGAUGUUGUGUUGUCUGAUGCAGAUGUGGAUAUAAUCCAGCGGCUCCAGGCUCAGAAAAUUCCAGAUGCAAAUUUUGAUGAUGCUGCACCUUGGGUGGAAUGGUUUACAUCAGAAGUCAUGCAGACUCCAAUUGUUCGAGUUCCUGAUCACAAACGCUCAUUUUUGCCAAGUAGAAUUGAGGCAAGGAAGGUAGCAAAGAUGGUACAUGCAAUAAAGAUGGGAUGGAUGAAACCUCAAGAGGAGAAGAAAAAGAGUUAUGAACCUAAAUUUUUCAUGUUGUGGCAAACUGAUGAAGGAGUGGAGCACAUGAGGCGCAUUCAGAACCACAUCCCUGCUCCAAAACGUCAUCUUCCAGGUCAUGCUGAAUCUUACAACCCCCCACCUGAAUACCUCUUUGACAAAAGAGAGCUCAAGGAGUGGAACAAACUAAGAACAACACCUUGGAAGAGGAAACUUCACUUUAUUCCCCAGAAAUACAACUCUUUACGUGCAGUUCCAGCUUACGACCGUUUUGUCAAUGAAAGGUUCCAACGUUGUCUUGAUUUGUACUUGUGUCCUAGAGCCAGGAAAAUGAGGUUGACUAUUCAACCUGAAGAUUUAUUGCCUCAGUUGCCAAACCCUAAGGAUCUGCAGCCAUUCCCAACUGUUAUGUCCAUGGUAUAUGAGGGUCAUACAGAUAUGGUUCGUUCCAUAACUGUUGAAUCUAAAGGGCAGUACAUGGUCUCUGGAUCUGAUGACCUAACUGUUAAAGUGUGGGAGAUAUCUACUGGACGUUGCCUUCGUACAAUUCCUGUGGGUGGUGUAGUUCGGUCUGUUAGUUGGUGUCCAAAUCAGGCUCUGGCACUAAUCGCCGUUGCAGCAGAUCGUAAAGUUCUCUUGGUUAACCCAGGGGUAGGGGAUCAUUUGGUAUGUUCUAAGACGGACGUGCUACUGGAGGAGGCACCAGAACAGGAUGUUGUUGUGUCAGAAAGGGUGAAGACAGCUGUACAGUGGGAACAGGCCUCUGAAGAUGUUUGGAAGAAUGGGAUUCGUGUUAUAAUCAAUCACUUCAAGGAAGUAAAACAGGUCGCAUGGCAUGGGAGAGGGGACUACUUUGCUACUGUAAUGCCUGAAGGACAAAAUCGUUCGGUGAUAAUCCAUCAGUUAUCAAAGCGACGAUCACAGGUUCCAUUCAGCAAAUCAAAAGGCUUGGUGCAGUGUGUGCUGUUCCAUCCUAUACGCCCAUUUUUCUUUGUUGCGACACAGAAGCAUGUCCGAGUCUAUGACUUGGCUAAACAAGAAUUAGUGAAGAAGUUACAUUCAAAUUCUAAGUGGAUUUCAUCUAUUGCUAUCCAUCCAGGUGGAGACAACCUCUUGGUUGGAACAUACGACCGCAAAAUGUUAUGGUUUGACCUAGACCUCUCAACGAAACCAUACCAGACACUGCGUCUACAUGGAACAGCAGUGAGGGGUGUAGCAUACCACAAGCAGUACCCUCUAUUUGCAUCAGGGUCAGAUGAUCGUAGCCUUAUUAUUUGUCAUGGAAUGGUAUACAAUGAUCUCCUUCAGAAUCCAUUAAUCGUACCACUGAAGAGAUUAAGCAACCAUGAACCGUACAAUGACUUUGGCAUAUUUGAUGUCAUUUUCCAUCCAACGCAACCUUGGGUUUUCUCCAGUGGAGCUGACAAAACCAUACGUCUGUACACAUGACACCACAGUGAUCAUAUAUGUCAGAGGUAAUAAGGAAGAGAAUGAACAGCUUACUUGCUUGUUCAUAUUUUAAUCCCCCGAAGGGUAUUUGUAAUUCCCUGUAUACAAAUAAAUUGCAGUUGGAGCCAUG